AGAUGGAAACGACAAUUUAGCAUUUAUAUUCAUAUGCAUUAGAAAAUAAAAAUACCCCUUCAGUGUUCAUGGAGGUUCAAACCUUGAGACGUAAAGGGCCCUUAGAAAUGAUCGAAGAAAUUGAAACACCAUUUACAGGAGCGAGCGGAAAGCCACAAAUAUGAAGGAAACCUGCUGACAGGGAGGGAGCGAAGGCGGUAAGCUCGCAUUGGGAAGCGGACAACCUUGGAAACGGUGACUUCCCAACCAUCCAUCAUCCUCUCACACAGGUGUGAACAUCACUUCAACCAUUCUUUGUACACAUGUCCUCCUCCCUUUGUCUUUGGGCCCCACUCCACACAAUCCUCCCUCUCCCUCCUCCUUUCUCUCUUCCAUUUUUCGCUCGCACAGUCACGCAUACAUACAGUCCUCCCUUUGCUAUAAGUCUCCCUCCUCUCGAAUGCCACAAGAUUUAAACAAGCCUAAAAAAAACUGUAUGAUCCUUCUUUUCUUGAACCAGGAAAGAAACCCUUUUUGUUUCUUGGUGUGUGUUCAGCUUUCUGUACGUGAAUUGAUAUUGAAACCCUUUGCUUUCUAGCUGUCUAAUGAAUACUAGGAAAACCUUUUUGUUAUCAUUGCCAAGAAAUCAUAUUUUUUGACUCUGCACUUGCUAAAAUUUUACGAAGGAAAGAAGAGGAGCGCUGUUCUUACUGUGAAACAAUGGCAGGAAAUGAGUGGAUAAAUGGAUACUUAGAGGCGAUAUUGGAUAGUGGUGGUGGGGCAGGUGCAAUUGAAGAACACAAGCCAGCAUCAAGCAUGAAUUUAAGAGAAACAGGGGAUUUUAAUCCAACAAAGUAUUUUGUUGAAGAGGUUGUUACAGGAGUUGAUGAGACUGAUUUACAUAGAACAUGGAUAAAAGUUGUUGCCACUCGCAACACCAGGGAACGCAGCUCCAGGCUCGAAAACAUGUGUUGGCGUAUUUGGCACCUCACUCGCAAGAAGAAGCAGUUGGAGUGGGAGGAACUUCAGCGGUUGGCAACUCGAAGAUGGGAACGGGAACUAGGACGCCGGGAUGCAACUGAAGACAUGUCUGAGGACUUGUCAGAAGGAGAGAAAGGAGAUGGUUUGGGGGAGCUGGUACAAAGCGAGACGCCAAGGAAAAGGUUUCAGAGAAACCUUUCCAACCUGGAAGUGUGGUCGGAUGAUAAAAAGGAAAAGAAACUCUAUAUUGUCCUUGUCAGUUUGCAUGGUUUGGUCCGAGGAGACAACAUGGAGCUUGGUCGAGAUUCUGACACUGGCGGGCAGGUCAAAUAUGUUGUGGAACUUGCUCGUGCACUUGCUAGGAUGCCUGGGGUGUACAGGGUAGAUCUUUUUACUCGCCAGAUCUCCUCCGCUGAAGUUGAUUGGAGUUAUGGGGAGCCAACAGAGAUGCUAACAGCAGGUCCUGAAGAUGAUGGUGGCAACGAGGUGGGAGAGAGCAGUGGAGCAUAUAUUGUCAGAAUUCCCUUUGGUCCACGCGAUAAGUAUAUCCGAAAAGAACUACUUUGGCCUUAUAUUCAAGAAUUUGUAGAUGGAGCUCUUAGUCACAUUCUUAAUAUGUCAAAAGCUUUGGGUGAACAAAUUGGAGGGGGCCAGCCUGUGUGGCCAUAUGUUAUCCAUGGCCAUUAUGCUGAUGCGGGUGAUAGUGCUGCUCUUUUAUCAGGAGCUUUGAAUGUUCCUAUGGUUCUAACAGGACACUCACUCGGGCGAAACAAGUUGGAACAGCUUCUUAAGCAGGGACGGCAAUCAAAGGAGGAUAUCAAUUCAACAUAUAAAAUAAUGAGGAGGAUAGAAGGAGAAGAGCUUUCACUUGAUGCUGCUGAACUUGUAAUCACAAGUACUAGACAAGAGAUUGAUGAGCAAUGGGGACUUUAUGAUGGGUUUGAUGUCAAGCUUGAAAGAGUCUUGCGUGCUCGUGCUAGACGAGGGGUCAAUUGCCAUGGCCGAUAUAUGCCAAGGAUGGUGGUUAUUCCUCCUGGCAUGGACUUCAGCAGUGUUGUGGUUCAAGAAGAAGCUCCCGAGGUCGAUGGGGAACUUGCAACACUCAUUAGCAGUGUUGAUGGUUCUUCCCCAAAAGCAAUUCCAGCAAUAUGGUCUGAAGUCAUGCGGUUCCUUACAAACCCCCAUAAGCCGAUGAUUUUGGCCUUAUCAAGGCCUGAUCCAAAGAAGAAUAUUACAACUCUUUUGAAAGCCUUUGGAGAAUGCCGUCCAUUAAGAGAGCUUGCCAAUCUUACGCUGAUUAUGGGAAACAGAGAUGAUAUAGAUGAGAUGACUGGUGGAAAUGCAAGUGUGCUGACGACAGUGUUGAAGAUGAUUGACAAGUAUGAUCUUUAUGGGCUGGUGGCCUAUCCAAAGCAUCACAAGCAAGCUGAUGUUCCAGAAAUAUAUCGGCUUGCUGCGAAAACAAAGGGCGUUUUCAUAAAUCCAGCAUUGGUAGAGCCUUUUGGGCUUACCUUGAUUGAGGCAGCAGCUCAUGGGCUUCCGAUGGUGGCUACUAAAAAUGGUGGACCAGUUGACAUCCAUAGGGCACUGAACAAUGGUCUGCUCGUUGACCCUCAUGAUCAGCAAGCUAUUGCUGAUGCAUUGCUUAAGUUGGUGUCAGAAAAGAACCUGUGGUCUGACUGCAGAAAUAAUGGAUGGAAGAAUAUACAUCUAUUCUCAUGGCCUGAACACUGCCGGACUUACUUGACCAGGGUAGCAGCCUGCCGGAUGAGGCACCCACAAUGGCAAACUGAUACACCAGAGGAUGAGGUAGCUGCAGAAGAGUCGUCUCUCAAUGAUUCGCUCAUGGAUGUGCAGGAUAUGUCCCUUAGACUGUCCAUUGAUGGAGACAAACCUUCACUGAAUGGAUCUCUUGACUAUUCAGCUGCAGCUACUGGGGACCCUACAGUGUCAGAUCAAGUACAACGAGUCCUAAACAAGAUAAAGAAACCAGACCCCAGGCCAGUAGUUUCUGAAAGUGGAAAGCCUGAGGCUGUUGUAAGCAAGCACCCAAUGCUGAGGCGGCGACGCAGAUUGAUUGUUAUAGCUCUAGACUGCUAUGAUAGCAAUGGGGUUCCUGAAAAGAAAAUGAUUAAGAUUGUGCAAGAUAUAAUUAAAGCUGUUAGGUCGGACUUACUAUUUGCAAAAGUGGCAGGGCUUGCUCUAUCAACAGCUAUGUCAUUAACAGAAACAACAGAGUUCUUGACAUCAUCAAAGAUUCAAGUAAAUGACUUUGACGCAUUGAUUUGUAGCAGCGGGGGUGAAGUAUACUACCCUGGUACUUAUACUGAAGAAGACGGGAAGCUUGCUCGAGAUCCAGAUUAUGCAGCCCAUAUAGACUAUCGUUGGGGCUGUGAUGGCCUAACAAAAACCAUUUGGAAGCUGAUGAAUACAACUGAAGGUGGGAAAAAAUCUGAUGAGUCUUCCAGCCCCAUCGAGGAAGAUAAAAAAUCGAGCAAUGCCCAUUGCAUUGCAUACCUUGUAAAGGAUCGAAGUAAGGUCAAGAGAGUGGAUGAUUUGAGGCAGAGGCUUAGGAUGCGGGGUCUCCGUUGCCAUCUAAUGUAUUGCAGGAACUCGACGAGAUUGCAAAUUAUUCCUCUCCUUGCAUCUCGUGCACAAGCACUCAGGUACCUUUUCGUUCGUUGGAGAUUGAAUGUUGCAGAUAUGUUUGUGAUUCUUGGUGAAAAUGGAGAUACCGAUUACGAGGAAAUGAUAUCUGGCGCUCAUAAGACAGUAAUAUUGAAAGACGUGGUGACAAAGGGUUCUGAUGACUUGCUAAGAACCACAGACCUACGAGAUGACAUUGUUCCUAAGGACAGCCCCCUGAUUGCUUAUUUGAGUGGAAACGCAACAGCUAGCGAUAUUGCUGAUGUUCUGAAGCAAGUGUCAAAAUCUUCUGGUGGAGUGUGAGAUGGUACUAUUUGUAAAUUGGAGCAAAAAUUAUGAUUGUAUUCCUUUUUUCCUUAAGAUUGAAACUCCCAUCUCCUGGAGCAUUUUUCUAGUUUUGGUUCUCAACACAAGAAUGUAGGUAGAUAUCGACUCCUGCUGUUGCAAAAUGCUCUCUUGUAAAGUAGAUAAUUUGGUCUACAGAGCUGCCCAACAGGUUAUUAUAUCCUUGACAGGAUUCCAGAUACAUGAUAUUACUGCUAAA